CGUGAAGUGGCAAGGCGCGGAAGGGUUGCUUUACGACUGUUUGGAAAGACUCGCGGGGCCGGCAUUCUUUGCUUGCUACUUCUCGGAUCCACACGUGGGCUGCUGUCGGUGUUGCGGCCAGUAACUCAUUCCUUUUGGCGUGGACCAGACGUUGAAGGACCGAGUGGCAACGGAGGUCAGGGAUCUUGAACUGAUGGAUUUUGCUGCUGAAAAUGAAGAGACGUCGGGAGGAGGUCUCCAGAGUGGAGCUGAAGGGGCGCGGCUAAGUCUGGAGUCAGAUGCAGAGAGAGUCAGGGGCACAGUAGGGACGGUGGAGGCCGGCGGUGGAGAGGCGGGGAAUGAACUGACCGGAAUGGGAAAGACAGGGGAAGGGGAAGAAGGAAGCGGACCAAGAGCAGAGGAGAUGCGAGUAGACCUAGCGGUUGUGAAGCAAGAAGUAAUGGACUGGUCAGAAAUGGAAGAAGGUAUGCUGAAUGACCAAUGGGUAAAGCAGGAGGUGGAGGAUGGGCCAGAGGUGAAAGAGGAAAAACCAGGCACAUUGGAGGUGAAGCAGGAGAUGGAUAGUAGUUUGAUAGUAAAAGAAGAGAAGGUGGGAGAAUCAGAAGUAAAGGAAGAGAAAGUGAAGGUGAAGGAAGAAGUAAUGGACUGGCUAGAAGUGAAGGAAGAGAAGAAAGAUAGCUUGCAGAUUAAACGGGAGGAGAUGUUUCUUGACCAGAACGUAAAAAAGGAGGAAAUAAUGGAUGAAGUGUGUGUAAAAGAAGAGAAGUAUUUCCCUAAAGAAGAAGUGAUGGAUGAUACAAAGGUAAAAGAAGAGCCUCAGAUAAAUCCCGCAGUGGGCUCCAAGCGGAAACUGGCCAUGUCAAGGUGUGAAACUUGUGGUACAGAAGAAGCAAAGUACAGAUGUCCACGUUGUAUGCGAUAUUCCUGCAGUUUGCCAUGUGUAAAGAAACACAAAGCAGAACUGACAUGUAAUGGAGUUCGAGAUAAAACUGCAUAUGUUUCAAUACAACAGUUUACUGAAAUGAAUCUCCUAAGUGAUUAUCGACUUUUGGAAGAUGUGGCAAGAACAGCAGACUAUAUAUCUAGAGAUGCUUUCUUGAAAAGACCAAUAAGCAAUAAACAUAUGUACUUUAUGAAAAAUCGUGCUCGAAAGCAAGGUAUUAACUUAAAACUUCUACCCAAUGGAUUCACCAAAAGGAAAGAAAAUUCAACAUUUUUUGAUAAGAAAAAGCAACAGUUUUGUUGGCAUGUGAAGCUCCAGUUUCCUCAGAGUCAAGCUGUGUACGUAGAAAAAAGAGUACCAGAUGAUAAAACUAUUAAUGAACUCCUAAGACCUUACAUUGAUCCUGAAAAGUCUGAUCCUGUAAUUCGUCAAAGGUUGAAAGCCUACGUUUGCUCUCAGACUGGGGUCCGAAUUUUAAUGAAGGUAGAAAAUAUGCAGCAAAAUUUAGUAAGAUAUUAUGAACUGGAUCCUGACAAAGGUCUCCUUGACAAUUUGAGGAACAAAGUGAUCAUUGAGUACCCAACAUUACAUGUGGUAUUAAAAGAAUAUAGUAAUGACAUGGAAGUUCUUCACCAAGAUAAUACUGUAAAGAGCCAUAUGAUUGAGCUGUUGCUUCUAUCCUGUUUGAGAGCAUGAAUGCACAUUGAAGUAAGGCUUCCUGUUACGAAGCAAAAAGAAAAGGCUACUUUUGUAGUGUACCUGGAACCUCAUGAAGUAAAAUUUGCUGUUUUUUGGUGGGUAUACGAUGUUUGACUUAUUUACAGGAAGCUCAAGUGACUCGCGCUUUCAGCAUAGAAGAUCAUUUAGAGCUGCUGUGGCAAAGAACUAAAGAGGAUCUAGCAGGAUGUUAAGGACCAUAUCAGUGUUGUCACAUCAUAAAUAUAUGCACUUUAAAAAUAAUGUCAGGUCUUCCUAUAGAUGCAUUUCUUUGUGUAAACUCUUCAAGGUGUCUGUUUCUUUGUACAUUCUCACAGCAUUGGAUAUUCUGCAUGGUGAUCCCUUAUUGCGGGGGGAGGGUUAUAUAAGAACAGGGCAUUUUCUUUGGAAAGCCUUGAAAUUCUUUCUCUCUCCGGAGGCAAAAAAGUUGGAUUUUGAUCUCGAGUUCAUAGCAGAGGUGUCUCUCUUCUAGUUUGGGGAAAAUAUGUUUCUGGGCUGGGAUUCAGUUGUUUUCACACUUGAUGAUUGUUACAAUGUUUGUUAUGAGUCUAGAUUGCGGUAGUUUAUUUUUUUUAAAGUCUGUCUCUAUUGAUGGGCAAUAGACAAGUUUUGUUUGCUUGCUUUUUGCGUUUUAUGGAGUGAAAAAGGUUGACUGGAAAAGGUUAAGCAGUUAAGGGAGCCCACUAGACUGGAGGUGGAGUGCUGCUCCCCCGCUUUGUAUCACUCCAGUGGGAAGUGCUCAGAAUGGCGUUACUUGUCUCACAGGCCCUUGUUUGCCAGAGUUAGCAGGUAGAUUUAAAGGACACAUAAAAGCAUGUUACAUUUCAGUUUAAGGAAAAAAGAAUGGCGCUCCAUUAAAAGAAGAAAGCUGGGCAACUUCAGUAAGCAGCGAAAGAAAAAGGUGUUCCCCAAACUGCAGUGCCAAACAGCACAAAGCCCAUUAACUUAAAAAUACCAGCAAAAUAUUUUUCUCCAUUAUUCUAAUAUAACUCAAAAUUAGAAAAUACUUCUGCCUUUUGAAGAGUGCAACCCAAAAAUGAUUACUAGAAUUAGUGAAAAUAUUAGCAUAGCAGUUACUUAUAUAUCAAUCUCCUCUUUUUAAAGUUUUUUUUUUUUCUGGGGGCCAUGCCGCAUGGCUUGUGGGAUUUUAGUUCCCCAACCAUGAUUUGAACUGGGGCCCUUGGCAGUGAGAGUGUGGAGUCCUAAUCACUGGACCACCAGGGAAUUCCCACAUCAGUCUCUUCUUGGGCCAAUAAAUCCUUUCAUCCAUUCUCCCCCACUCCUCCCUCACUCCUGUGUACCCCUCUUUUUCUUUCUCUUUCAGUGUGUGUAUGUGUGUGUGUGGCAGUGGGAUGGGGAUGGAGUUCAGCCACAGGAACACACAUGUAAACUUUACAGUGCGAUAGGUUCUGUAGUGGUUUCAGUGCAGAGAAAGCCAGAGGAGAAAACAACUAACUUGUAAUAUCAUGGAGAUACUCGAAGGACUCUGCUAGAGUUUAUGAAAUGCCACAAGGAUCAGGACCAUAUCUUGGAUAGACUCCAUUUCAAUGCCUUCCUCAUAAAAAGGACUCAGUGGACACCAGUUUGGUUGCUGGUACAAUCUUACAUCUAGGUAGCUUUGGCACACCCCAAGGAACUUGGCAACUGGAAUGUGAAGCAAGAUCCAAGUUUAUGGUUCUAGCAUCAGCUCUUAUUAGCGGGGGCCUUGGCAUUCACUCUGCCUCUCUGAGCUUUAUUUUCCUUAUCUACACAAUGAUGAUAAAGGACUAUAAGCCUCAAGCAAAAUAAUCUCUAUUUUAACCUUACUUUUCAAAGUGCUUAUGUGUUAUUUCCUUUUAGCUUCACUAAACAAUGAAAUAGAGUGGUUACCCUGGUUCCCAUUUUGCAAAUUGGAAAAAAAAAAAAAACCGUAAAAUUUGGAGUAACUUACAGUUAUAUUGAUUCAGCAUACAUGCUACCCUGGGGGGAUAGCUAUAGGAAAGAAAGGUCCAGUGUCUAGCCUCAAGGAACUCUCAGUUUAGCGAGUGAAUCAUAGUCUUGCUGUAGUCAAGACAGCUCCUUUAAAGGAGCUCCAUUUCUGCUCUGAGCCUUCUUUCCUGUGAAGAUUAGCUAGUCUUCUGUCAGCCCACAUUCACUCAACAUAUACUGACCCUCAAUUUUAAGUUUAAAAAAAAUCAUGGAAAAAUUUAUUCCAACCACACUUGGCCAGCCUAUGUGAUAAUAGUGGUCUGUUCAGUGGUGCAAGUAUCAGAUCCUGCCCACAUUGUGAAGUGACCAUUCCCAAGUCUUCCACAGAGUCAGGAAGGAUGUUACCUCACAAAAUAUAAUUGCCACUUUCAGACAUCAUUUCUCUAUUUAUUGUGGCGAGAAUUGUAUAUCCCAGCUGCCUGGGACAUGACAUGGUUUGUCUGUCCCCAUGAGCAGUGCUAUUGGUAUGCAUCGGAAGGGAGGAGAGAAGAGGGAAAAAGAGAACAGGCUAAACAGAAACAGUAUAAACACUUGACUGUAUGUUUACUUAUUUUUUUCAGUGAAAAGUGAAUCUACGAAGAACAUUGGCAAUGAAAAUUGAACACUUCUUUUGGAGGAAGAACAUGAAAAUUCCCAGACAAUUGCAGAGGACCUCGUUGGAAGAUUUGAGGGUAUUGCCACUUGGUGGUUGGAAUUUUUUGUUUCUCUGAAAAGUAAUUAAACAGUCU